AUGUUUGAAGAAUAUUAUUAGAAAUAUUUGACAAUGGGAUCAAAUGUACCAGAAGGAUAAAGAUAGAAAUUAAAUUUUCUGAUAUUUUCAAUAAAGAAUCAUGAAAAUAAUGAAAUUGAAAUAAAACGUGAGAAUUAUCCUGAUCUUGAGGUGGAUGAAAUAUAAGGAUUAUUCAAUUUACCAUUAGAAGCUUAAAAAAGCAUGUUCUGUUCAGUGUUUAAAAGUUUAGAAUUGGAGGAUGAUUCAAAAAUAUUGGGUGAAUUACAUGUAAAAGGAGAGACAUUGGGAAUUUGGAGAUAAAAAAAAUUAGAAUUAAAUUUAACACAUAAAAAGUUAGUAAUACCUAGAAAAGAAGGUAAUGUUGAAAUGUAUUUAUAAAAAUAUGGUAUAAUGUGGAUAGGUUAGAAGAGUAAUAAGAGUUAACAUUAUUGUUUUAUUUUAGUAGCAAAUAAUUAAUCAAUAUAUGAUCAUUAUAAGUAAUUGAUAUUAGGUUCUGAUGAUGAAGAAUAUGCAAAGAAAUGGUUUAAUUUAUUAAAUGGAGUAUGUGAUUAAAAACCAAUAUAACCUAGAAGGAUGAGUGUUGAAUUUACAAAAUAAACAGUUAGUACUCCACCUUUGAAUAGAUCUGAUCAAUUAGACUUAAGCAAAAGUGAUAAUUAUAAUGAUAGUUGGUUGAUUUCAAAACCUAUUAAUAAGGAUAUGUAAAAAAUAUCAGAAUUACCUGAAUCUCCAGAUAAUUUAAAAAAGAAUUAAUAAGAGACAUUUGUUUGUUUUAAAGAAGAAGAUAAAAUAUAAUUGAAUGGAUAAAUUUCACAACAUAUAAAGUAAUCAAAAGUAGUACAUUUACCUGAGUAUUUAUGUGAUGUGAGUGUAGAUAAAUUUAAAUAAGGAGAGUUUUAUAGAGUAGGAAAUAAUGUAUACAAAAGUAUAUCUAAAAAAGGAUUAUAUUAAGUUUAGAUUAUUUUAGAACAUGACAUAGAUGUAGUUAAACAUUUUCUAUAUGAAGGCUUUGGAUUUAAUAAAUUUAUAGCUGCAGAAUGGACAAUGUUUGACUUUGAUGAUUAUAAAGUUGUGAAUUAAACUAGAAUCAAAUAAAUAUUUGGUUUUGAAAGAAAAUCAUAAAUAUAUUUAAUGAGAUACAAAUCGAAUGAUUGCAUAAUAGAAAAAUAAUUAAAUACAGUUAAUCCUAUGUAUUCAAUAGCUAAAUUAUUCAGAAAAUCAAAAUAUUCAUUUAGUGGAAUAUAGAAAAGAAAUCAAAAUUAUUCUAAUGAUAUGGUGAAUCAAUCAACAAUAGUUUAGAUUUUAUGUUAAUUAGAUGAUAAUACCUUUUUUGAUGCAUAGAAUAUUGCUUAUAUGGAAUAAUAUCAUGGUUUAACAGAUCAUAUAGAUUAUGUAAUAAACUUUAGAGAUUUGCAUUUGGAAUAGUAAUAAUUAUAGACUACGAUGUCAUUAUCAAAUUAAUCAGAAGAUUUUAUAACAGAAAAAUUUGAUUAAUCAAUUGAAUUUGAAAUUAAGAUUCCUAAUAAUUUGAUGGAACUUUUAGAAUUUGUAUAAUAAAAUAAACAUUGGAAUGUAUGCUUAAAUAAAGAAUUUUAAUUAGAACCAGUAAAUGUAGAACCAAAGUUCAUGAAAUCUACUUCAGAAGGUCAUUUUUUAUUUAAAAAUUAUUGGAAAAUAGAUUAUAAUUAAGGAGGUUUAUUAUAUGUAGAUUAAGUUGGAUUAAGAGAGUAAAAAAAAGUAUUUUCUUACUUAGUGUCUUAAAUAGGAUCUAAUAUAGCUUCUGGAAAGUCUAUAAUGAGUAUUAGUUUACCAGUUUAUGUAUUUGAAAAAUAGAGUAAUUUACAAAGAUAUGCAAAUUCACUCACAUAUUUACAAUAUUUAGAUGAAGCAGUUAAAAAGGAUUAUUUAUUUUAAUUUAAGAAUUUCUUACCAUAUGGAUAUGGUACAAUAAUUCUUUAUUUGAAUAUGUGGAAACCAUUUAAUCCUAUUUUAGGUGAAACAUAUUCUGGAUUCAUUAAUGGUUGUCCUAUUUAUGCUGAAUAAGUAUCACACCAUCCACCAAUUAGUAAUCUAUUAAUAUAUGGAAAAGGAUACAGGUAUAUAAUUUAUAUUAUAAUAAUAGAGUAAAUCAUCGUUUAUGUACUAUAGCUAGUAUUUCUGCGAAUUCAGUUAGCGGAAUCAAUUAAGGAUAUACAAAAGUAUUAUUUUACGAAUCUAAUAAUGAACUCAUUUUCUUACCUUGUUCUGGAUUGUAUACAGGUACAUUAUAUGGUGAUAAACUAUUUUAAAUGGUUGGUAAAUUUCAUGUUAUUGAUUUGAAAAAUAAAUUAGUGGCUGAAAUUAAAUUGAAUCCAUAUCCUGGCUCAAUUUGGAAAAAGAGAAGAGAAUACUUAGAUGAUUAUUUUGAAGGAUAUAUCUAUUAAGUCAAUGAUGAAUUUGUUAAAAGAUUCUAAAAAGAUGGAUAUCUUAAAUUUAAAGAAUUAAAAUAAAAUGAAAUUAUAAGAUCAAUUUCAAAAAUUCAUGGAAUCUGGCAUAAAAAUAUGUUUAUUGACAAUUAAGAAAUAUGGAAUAUUAAUACUGAACCCUAUGUAUUAGAAGAUGAAGAGUAUUUUUUUAAUUUUAUUAUUCUUAGAAAUCCUUUACCAUCUGAUUCCAAUUUCAGAGAAGAUUUGAUUGCAUGGAAAACUUCUAAUUUUGAAUUAGCAAUGAAAAUGAAAACUAAAAUGGAAGAAGCAUAAAGGUUUGAUGCUAAAUUAAGAAAAAAACAUUGA